UGAGCUCAAAAGUGGCCGGUUAAAAAACCCAAACAUUAGAACCAGGAUACCUGUGCAGUCAGGCUGCAGACGCGCGCAGGGAGAUUUCCCUGCAGCCAGAGUGGGUUCCUGGGAGCCGGCGUGAGGCGCAGGCUUCCCCGGCGCCCACACCUCAAGGCGACACGACCGGAGCAUCACCUGCACGGCCGCGGCGGCUCGGUUCCGGGUUCGCGCGCCUCGCUGGUGGCGUCAGAGGAACGGAAGGCCGGGCUGUCGACCCGCUUUCGGGUCCUUGUGCGGCCUGCGCGGGCUCCGCGGAGAGUGUGGGCGGAGGGGCCGCGGCCUGACUGCGGGAGCCAGCCACGGGCGAGGAGGGAGCGGAGCCGCCAGCCUCCGCCCACCGCCCGCAGAUCUGUUUGGAUUUGAGGGGGAACUGCAGUGCCAGCUCGCCGCAGAAGGGAUGGGAUCAGAGAGCAGCGCUUUAAAGAGCUACACGCUGCGAGAAUCACCGUUCACCUUACCCUCUGGACUCGCUGUUUAUCCCGCCGUGCUGCAAGAUGGGAAGUGUGUGUCUGUGUUUGUCUGUAAGAGAGAAAACGCAGACAAGGUUAACAAAGCUGCCAAGCACUUAAAGACACUUCGUCACCCUUGCUUGCUAAGAUUUUUAUCUUGUACUGUGGAAGCAGAUGGCAUUCAUCUCGUCACUGAGAGAGUGCAGCCUCUGGAAGUGGCCUUGGAAACCCUGUCUCCUGCAGAAGUCUGUGCUGGAAUCUAUGACAUAUUGCUGGCUCUUAUCUUCCUUCAUGACAGAGGGCAUCUGACACACAACAAUGUCUGCUUAUCGUCCGUUUUUGUGAGUGAAGAUGGGCACUGGAAGCUUGGAGGCAUGGAGACAGUUUGCACGGUUCCUCAGGCCACACCAGAGUUUCUCAGGAGUAUCCAGUCAGUCAGAGACCCAGCAUCUGUUCCUCCUGAAGAGAUGUCUCCAGAAUUUGCAGCCCUUCCAGAGUCCUGUGGCCACGCCCGGGACGCCUAUUCCUUUGGAACGUUGGUGGACAGCUUGCUCCCAGUCCUGAACGAGCAGGUUUCAGCGGAUGUUCUCUCCAGCUUCCUACAGACUUUGCACUCAGCUCUGCUGAACCCCAUGCCAGAGUGUCGGCCAGCACUCAGCACCUUACUGUCCCAUGAGUUCUUCAGAAAUGAUUUUCUAGAAGUUGUGAAUUUCUUGAAAAGCUUGACAUUAAAGAGUGAAGAUGAAAAGACUGAAUUUUUCAAAUUUCUGCUGGACCGAGUGAGCUGCCUGUCGGAAGAACUAAUAGCUUCAAGAUUGGUGCCUCUCCUGCUUAACCCGCUGGUGUUUGCCGAGCCAGUAGCUGUUAAAAGUUUUCUUCCCUAUCUACUUGGCCCUAAAAAAGAGAAUGCACCAGGAGAAACGCCUUGCUUGCUCUCGCCAGCGCUGUUCCAGUCUCGAGUGAUCCCUGUGCUUCUCCAGUUGUUCGAGGUCCAUGAGGAGCACGUGCGGAUGGUGUUACUGUCCCACAUUGAGGCCUAUGUGGAGCACUUUACUCAGGAACAGCUAAAGAAAGUCAUCUUGCCACAGGUAUUACUGGGCCUUCGUGAUACCAGCAAUUCCAUUGUGGCAAUUACCCUUCGUAGCCUGGCAGUGCUGGUGUCUCUACUUGGGCCAGAAGUGGUUGUGGGAGGAGAAAGAACUAAGAUCUUUAAGCGCACUGCUCCAAGUUUUACUAAAACUAGUGACCUUUCCCCUGAAGGUUCUCCCAUGCAUGUUGUCUGCAGCCAGCAGAGUCGGACCUCACAAGUCUUGGAGAACCCCUCCUCUAACGUAUUCCCUAAAUGGUUCUUUUCUGGCAGCAUGCCCAUCAACAGCAGUAAGCACAUACAGGAAGAAUAUUACAAUACUCUUUUACAGACAGGUGAUCAGUUUUCUCAUGCUACUAAAUUCCCUAUGAAUGGAAUCUCAGAUGUGCAGAGCACUUCAGAGGACAGUGGAAACGUCCCAGCAGGUUCUAACAAGGCCGAGGCGUGGCCUGACUGGAGCGAGCCUGAGGAGCCUGAGCACCAAACUGCCAGUAUUCAGAUAUGGUCCCGAGAACCCUGCGAUGUAGCCGAGCGCCAGCACACACAUCUGAAUGCAGAGGAGGAGUCCUGGGGUGAUUGUGAGUCUAGCUUUGGUACUGAAGUAAGCGUAGCUGCCGGAGCGUCUGCUGCCAUGCCUACUAUUACCUCAGGGGAACAGAGGCCCGCUGCAGCCUUGCUUCCUCUCACUGAAGAGUCAAAGGCUGCUAAAUCUAGUGCCUCCUCAAAGACCAACCAUAGACAGCAUGGGGAAGUCCAACCACUGGAAGUGUCGCAAGACAGACCUCAUAAGGUUCGCUCAGAACUCGGUUUAGGAGAAGAGUUUACCAUACAAGUAAAAAAGAAGCAAGUACAAGAUCCUGAGUUGGAUUGGUUUGCAGAUAUGAUCCCAGAAAUUAAGCCUUCAGGUACUUUUCUUAUUUUGCCUGAACUGAGGACAGAAGUGAUGGUCCCUGACAAGAAUAAUGUCUCACCAGUAGUGCAGUUUUCUUCAAAAUUUGCUGCAACAGAAAUGACUGAGGGAGAGGCAGAAGGCUGGGAAGAAGGAGAAGAGCUAACCUGGGAAGAUAACAGCUGGUGAUAAGAGCUUAAACUUCAGGAAGAAUUGUAAAAGAAUUAAUACCUCAAAGCAAGCUGCAUGGGUGUAAAACCCCAAAGCAGCCUGUGUUCCCUGUACCAGGAGCUCUUUUUGCAGUCUGUGCCAAUUCAAGCAGAGACCAGCCUCAGGUUGCUGGCUACGCCAUGGCUGGCAGAAGGCUCUCGGGACUGGAUAGGAGAAAGUGCCUGUGUGCACUUGACCAAGGCCAGUUUUCAUGCAAAGCAAAUAGCUAAAGAAGUGCUUUCUUCCAGGACAAUUCUGGAAGUAAAGAAAAUAAAAAUUCAAGCUGGUAAGCUUAA